GACAUGAUCGAUCACAGGUUGUCUCCUGAGGACCGAGGUGCGAAAGAGAAAGUACCGCCAUGCCUGUUGCAGUACGAAGAUCCCAAGUAUGCCAUGGAUAUCGGUGAUCGGCCUGCUCACCGUAUGGACUGCAUCACAACUCCAAGGCCGGUGCAAGGCUAUUUCCGAUGCGGCGUUUGUGCUCAGUGCAAUCAGUGCUGCAAAUGCCUUGUGAAGCGGAACGGCCAGCAGAAGAAGGAGUACUUCCGUAUGCCAACUUGUGAGUGA